UAAUUUUAAUUUAUCUGUCAGAUAUAAACGUCAUAGAAAACCCUACCAAAAUCCAUUUUUUUAUCUUUUAUUCAAUAAAGUUUAAUGUAUUAGUUGAUAUAAUUGGAAAUAUAUUUCCAAUUUAUACAUUCGUUGCAUGUUUGCAGAAGACGUUGUAUACGAGAUGUGGUAAACCGUUAUUUCGCGUGUAAAUGCUAAUAGCCGAGCCCGUUGAAUUGUUAUGAUAAGCUUGGCUUAUCACCGGGCAGCGGCUCACUGUGUAGACGUGUUUUUUACGAUAAAGAAAAAAAUAUAAAUAGUAAUUACAUUUUUAAUAUGUCGGGGGAAGGUUCUAGCAGUAAUAAUAAUCAAAAAAUCGCACUUAUUACCGGCAUAACAGGACAGGAUGGUUCAUACCUAGCAGAAUUCCUCAUAGAGAAAGGUUAUGAAGUUCACGGAAUCCUUCGUCGGUCAUCCUCGUUCAACACUGGACGUAUCCAACACCUGUAUGGGCAGCCAGCAUGUCACACCGGAGGCAGAAUGCAUCUGCAUUAUGGAGACCUCACGGACACUACUUGCCUCAUUAGUAUUAUAACAAAGACAAGACCAAAAGAAAUAUACAACCUGGGUGCACAGUCUCACGUGAAAGUUUCCUUCGAGUUGAGUGAGUAUACGGCGCAGGUAGACGCCCUGGGCACGCUCAGGCUGCUGGAGGCGGUCAGGGCAGCAGGUUUGGAAAAGGAGACCAAGAUAUACCAGGCGUCGACAUCUGAACUGUACGGAAAGGUGGUAGAAGUACCGCAAAAUGAAAAGACGCCGUUCUAUCCGAGAUCUCCGUAUGCGUGCGCAAAGCUAUACGGGUAUUGGAUAGUAGUGAACUACAGAGAGGCGUAUGGCAUGUUCGCGUGCAACGGACUCCUGUUCAACCACGAGAGCCCGCGACGGGGAGAGAACUUCGUCACGAGGAAGAUCACCCGUGGAGUCGCCAAGAUCACUCUCGGUCUACUCCCGUGCAUAGAGCUUGGGAAUCUGGAUAGUAAACGAGAUUGGGGACACGCUAAAGAUUAUGUUGAGGCAAUGUGGCUGAUGCUGCAACAGGACGAGCCGGAGGACUUCGUGGUGGCCACGGGGGAGACUCACAGCGUGCGCGAGUUCGUGGAGAAGGCGUUCGCGUGCGUGUCGCGGCGCGUGCAGUGGCGCGGCCGCGGCGAGGCCGAGACCGGCCACGACGCCGACACCGGCCAGCUGCUCGUCAAGGUCAACCCGAAGUACUUCCGCCCCACUGAAGUGGACCUUCUCCUGGGUGAUCCGACGAAAGCUAGAGAGAAACUGGGCUGGACGCCAAAACUGACGUUCGACCAGCUGGUGAAGGACAUGGUGGAAGCAGACCUUGAGCUGAUGAAGCGGAACCCUGAAGCGUAGGUCCAGAACCAAAUGGGACCCGAAGGACAUUUAGUCAAAAAGGAAAGUGAGAAUGUAUUAGAAGACAAUGUGUGUGCCGCUCGGGGCAUGUAGGUACACCAGGUGUGGAUUCAGAACGCUGUGGGGGACAAAACAAUAUACAAUCCAAUACAUGUAUCUUAUGUCACAAAGAAAAAUCUGUUAUCUCGACGGUUGAAAGGCUGAUUGACAUAAGCAACGUUUUUUUCGAACAUUUUUAACUAGGUUAAAAAAAUCAAGAAUUUUUUUUUUUUAUAUCAUUCGUUUGUUAGCCUGGCAGGGCCGGCUUAUACAAACACACCGGUCUUGCGGGUGCGUGCUUUAGGCACUGCGAGCCUUUAGGUAGCUGUGCUGAGGGCGACCCUCUAAAAGGUCACGACCUCGGCUCAGGACAGCUAGACAAAGGUUGAGACAUCAGCGAUUAUGGGUAGAGAGAGAGAGGUGCGCAAGCGACCUAAGUCUACCUAGUUUACAUCGGCACUCGGGCCGGAAUUAUCAGAAGGAUCUGGGGGACGGGAGACGCGGCGGAGUCCUCGGCCGCGAGGACGGAGCUGCGGUCGUGUUGAGUGUAAAAGAAAAAGUGCUGAUUUUAAAUAUGUAUGAAACUUAGUGUCGCAUAAAAAUUGUCGCUUAAGACAAUUAGCUUUUCAACUGUCGAUGUAGUUCGUUUUCAUUUAUGUUGAACAGGUUGACGGCCAGUUAUGUAUUUUGUUUGCAGGCAUAGCGGUUACAACUGUUAUCUGAAAUUUUAAGUUGGUUUUAAAACCAUCAAAAAGGCAUUUAUUUAUUUUUGUUUUGCCCAUUUUUGUCUAAUUCGAAUCUGAUGCCCAAAUCACUAAGUGGUGGUAGGUCGACAUUCUAAAAAUUCCUAGAAAACACAGGCAAGUAUCAGCUAUUUUGUUUAGUUGUAGGUUAUAAUAGUGUCAUAUAAUUAUUAUGUCUAAUGCGCACAUUAUUAUCAUUUUUUUUGUUAUUGCUAAAUAAAGGGACGAGCGAAUUGCUCGAGUGAUAAGCAUCAGGGCCGAAAACUGAAAUAUACAGCACUGCGUGGAAUACUGCACUCGUCAGACUGUAACGUUAGAUGUUAACCGUACCAUGUACAGUCAACCGCAAAAGCAGCUGAACAAAUACAAAACUUCAUAUUACCAGCACGAGUUAAUUUUAUUGGAUUUUCUUUGUUUGAAGUAAAAUAAAUAUCUUUUAUUUUUGUUUUUUUUUUUUUAUGAACACAAAUGUGUAUUGGUAAUUUGAAGUGUUUAAUUGUUAAUACUUAUGUAUGUGACUGUACAACGUGGUAACUCUCCUAUUUCGCAAAUGUCGACUCGUUUUUUUAUAUAGAGUUAAGUGGUACUUUGCACGAAUUACAUAAUAUUACAUAAAAAAAGAAUUAAAAUAUUGUGGUCUUCCCAAAUGAGGUUAAGUAUAAUAUUGUUUAUAUCUCUACUUCAAGACUACAACGAACACUGCUUGUAUGCUUUAUAUGACCUAAAUCAUGACCAAUGUUAUCUUGUAUAGACUGUUAGUAUGUUAUUUAAUUAAAACUACUAUAAUUAUUUGAUAAAAAAAAUCUAUCUGUAAUUAUUUUAUGUUGAAUAAAAUGUCUUUCGGCUUGUAUUGGGCGAUCAUAAACUGUUUGUAUUUUAAAUACAGUUAAAUGUGUGUUUUAGUGGACUUUUACGAAUUUGUAGUAUAUUCUUUAUAAUUUAAGAAUUUAAAAUGUGUAAACAAUUUAUGUUUUUAUAUUAUUUAAAUUUUAUUAAUGACUAGCUUAGGCUCACGGCUUCGGCCGCGUGAAAGAUUUUCCGGGAUAAAAUUCCCGCUUGAUAUUUUCCCGGGAUAGAAAGUACCCUAUAAUCUUCCCAGGGUCUUAAACUAUCUUCAUACCAAAUUUUCAUUCAGUAGCUUUUGAGAAAAUCGAUACCAUACAGACAGAAAAGAGGGAAUUUAUUUGAUAAUAUGUUUAGAUAGAUAUAUUCAAAUACAAAGGUCGCACACUCAGCUGUGCUCUCAAUAAAUAUACAAAUUACUAUCCACAUUAUACAGGUGUUCAAUACCUAAAACAAUUAACAUAAGCAUUGUGAAACAUGCCCUUAAUGCAUAAUAAAGAAUUUUGUAAUAUUAGCCUGGCAUUUAGGCCGCCGCAGUCUGCAGCAACAUUAAAAAAACUGAAUAAGUUGCGAGUUGAAUGCGCAGCCAGGGUUGCGUACAAACUAAUAGGAAAGGUUUAUAUAUAUAUUUACGGUUCUCAGAUAUUUUUCCUUUACAUGUAAAGGAACAAAUGUAAGAUAUUGAGUCUUGCCAAAUUUCAUGAAUCUAGAUCAACGGGAAGUGGGCUUUAGGUUUUGAUUCCCUAAUAAAUUCAUAAACAGUUGCCUUUUGAUCGCGUUAACUUAAUGUUAGAUUUUUUCACAGCUGAAAAAGAUAAUAGACCAGUGUAUUAGCUACCGCCAUAUCAGCCGUAUCAAUGAUACGGGGCCCCCGAGCUUUGGGACCCAUCUUGGCCCAUACCUAUAUUAAACUAAGCAGGCGCCUAAAAGUUCGCACUGUCCUGAAGAGUCCCUAACAAAUUUAAAUAUAGGACCCCUGUUAUGGUAAGCUGCGCUACUGAUUCAUCUUGAUACCUCGAGCUUCUGAGAAAAAGGUUCUUGACAGACAGACGGACUACAUAGUGAUCCUAUAAGAAUUCUUUUGGUAUGGAACGCAAACAGCUAUUUACUUAUAUUCCGCUCGUUUAUGUAAUGUCAUGCCUAUUGGUGAAUUUGGCUAGGUCAGGAAAAAUAAUGUAAAAAUACCCGAUACAUUUGCUUAGAUUUUACUUUACAAAUUUGUCUGGUUUCAUACAAAAUGUAUGAAACUGAAUAAAGGAGCUACAGCCUAAUCCGAUGAUACAGCCUAAUCCAGAUAUAUCGACCAUAACAAUACCACAGCAAAAGCAACAAAAUUGUGCACCAAACGCAUAACAUUCAUGAAUAUGUAUUUAUAUGCGUAUGCGCACACUGAGUACGGAGAAAGAGAAUGUAAUGAGGUCGUGUGCGUUAGCCUUUAAUUAUUGUAUAAAUUAACACUUGUUUGUAUGUGUAACGUUGACGGGGAUAUACUGACAUUCCGUUGUAUACAUAAUUAUUGUUCGGAAUAUUGUAAGCCAAGAAUAAUAUAUAUUAACUGCUUUGCUAAUAAACGUUGUAUAUGUACGAUAUACUAUUUUGGUUUAUGUUUAGUUUAAAGGUUACGUAUUUAAAUAUUGUAUCACUGAUAGAUAUACUUAUAAUUAUAUAUAACGAUUAUUAACAAGGCCUUUAGUAUAUAACGUAAGCACAUGCCAGUAUUUGUUUUAAAUGUAAAUAUACGUUUGUAAAAUUGA